CGGCCGCUCCAACCGGUUGCAUUGGCAAAACGUAAAUCGUGCGCGACGGGUGUAAACAAAAUCGUGUAUUUUAUUAAUAUUGCAGUAAACGCCGCGCGCGCGUUAACCGCGCCGUUCGUAAAUAAAAGCGUAAAUAUUAUUAUCGUAUAUUAUUAUAAUACGGCCGACAACAACAACAACAACAACAACAACAACAACCGUACAAUAUCGCUACGAUGGCGUAUUAUUUUGCGCGGUUACAAUAACGGCCGAUUCGCUUAUACCUAUCGCUUUUUCCCCAACCCCAUUCCCACCCACCCCGGUGAAUGAUAAUUUGUUCGGUGAUUUUUUUUUUUUUUUUACCCCCUUCCCCGGUUUUUUGUUCGGUUAACGUUGUCCGGCAUUUUUUCGUUUGUUUUUCUGAACGUUUCCGCGUGCUAUUCGACUGUCGCGAACGAACGCGCGCGAGUGUAGGUAUAUAACACACGCGCAUACACCCGAGUGCCGCGGCAACAGCAGCAUGGACAUGCUGAUCGUGAAGCUCGAAGAAGUCGACGACGGCGGGAGAAAACCUCUCAACAACAACAACAACAACAACAACGUCAACGUCAACAAUAACAACGGUUGCAAGAGCAAACUCAACGGCGGCGGCGGCGGCGGAAAUACGGCGGCUGCGGCGAAAACUUCCACCGCGGCCGGCGGCGGCGGAACGGCCAGAUCCGAGAAACCCCCGUACUCGUACAUAGCGUUGAUCGUCAUGGCCAUACAAAGUUCGCCCGUCAAGAGGCUGACCCUAAGCGAAAUCUACGCGUUCCUGCAGCACAGAUUCCCGUUUUUCAGAGGAUCCUAUCAGGUACGAUAAUAACGUUUUAAGACGUAUAGGGCGCACGCGGCAUUUCAUUAAUGUCGAUCGAAACUAAAAGUUUAUUAGGUAUUGUAUCUCGAUAUAAUAAAACGUUGCAGAAAAAAAAAAAACACUUAAAAUAACGCAACACAGAUAACAUCAUGAAAAACCUCGGUGAAAAAAAAAAUACGCAAAUUAUUUUACGCACUAAUUUCGUUUUAAAAUAAAGGAAUUUUAAAAAUAAAUAAAAAAAAUUAAAUAAAACUAAAGUUGCGAAUCAAUUGAUUUACGUGGUAAAAAAACAAUAUGUAUUAUAGCUGCUGCGUCUGCAAUAGAAAAAUAUGAACAAAUAUCCGAAUGUCAAAAUUGUACAAUAUUAUUAUUUACUCUCUAUAUUAUAGUGCAUAAAAAAAAAAAAGACGACAACUCUUACAAAAAAACCGAGACUUAAAAACUAAGUGAAUUUAGUUCAUAGCAUUUUUUAUGAGUUCCUAGACGCACCAAUAUACUAGAAAUAUAAAAAUUUCAAUCGUUUAUAUGUCUGCACGGUUAAACAUUUUUUUUUUAUAAAGUCACAAAAAUUAAAUACACGACAAGUCCGUGAACACGGUCGAAACACUGACUCUGUCCCGCCACCGUCGUAUCAUACUAAUGCUGAGCCCUUGAGAAUACUUCAAAUUUUAUAAACAAAAAUUAUAUAAACAACAAACUUAUAAAAACUAAUGGGUACAGUUAGUCUAGUUUCUCUAGAAACGGAUUCCCGUAGUUGCAUAUUUACUGUCGUGACCAGUGUUGUGUUUUAUCUAUAGACGAAUAUUUAUCUAGAUAGGUUUAUUUUCAGCUUUUAUCUUAUCUAGAUAAAUGAGAAAUAAGUUAUGUGACCCAUUUAUAUAAUUAAUUUAAUUUCAAGUAUCAUUGUUAAUUUUAUAUGUACUAAUAAAAGAUAAUUUGAAUCUUCUAGAAAAAAUGAAAAAAAUAAUAUCAAAUAUUCUAUUAGUUCGUUAACUAGUUUGUUAGUAAUUUAAUUAAUUAUAAUAUGUAUUGAUAAAUACAUUUUUUAUUUUAUUUAUUUGUUUAUUUAACGGACGGAAGUUCAAUAUACGUGGGACACAUUUGUACACAUAUUUGUGUACAAUAAAAUGAGAUAAAAUCAAUCAUACAGCCUUUAUGUGAAAUCCAGAUGUGUACCAAAUCUGGUACCUACACAUAUUUACUAUUUUUAGCAUCUGUGAUGGGUAAUGAACAAAAUUAUCUUUUUAAUUUUUUUUUAUUUAAAUUCACUUUUUUUUGUAGAUAAUUUAAUUGUUAUGUAUCUUUUAUCCACAUCUAGAUAAUUAUUUUAUCAAUUAUCUCUUAUCUUUAUCUAGAUAUUAUUAAAUGUAACUAUAUUUAUAAAACACGGGUUAUGAUGCAAAUUCAUUCCAAAAACAAUAUGCAAUCGUGAUUUAAAGAUUCAUCAGAAACAGGUGAUCUUGAUCUUGAUAAUGGCAUUUCGUUUGUCAAUUUUGGUUAAAUAUUGGUAUGAAGGGAAAAAAAAGGUUUUUAUCAAGAAAAUACCUCGGAUAAUAUAACAUUGUUCCAAUAAUACCUGCACGUAGUCGGUUGAAAAUCGAAGAAUUUGCUAAUUCAUUUUCUGUCGAUAAUUUUCUUGUAACGUGUAAAAAAAAAAAAAAACAUAAUCAUGGGUUUUAAAUUUGUUUUUGUUAUAAAUUUGGUACUUGAAUUUUGUUUUGAAAUCGUGCUUUUGGACAUUGGCUAAUUUUAAAAUGUAAUUUCCCAACAAUUUUUUCCUUUUUGCCAUCGAUCAAAUUUUUGUAUUUUGAUGCAUUUUUAAAAUUUUCGGUCAAACAUUUAGGCGAGAAAACAGUUGGGAGAUCCUUUCUCACUUGUUAACUGUUUUUUUUUUUUUUUUUUUUUAUAUAUUUUUAAAGCCAUUUCGUUGUCAUUUCGGUAUAUUGUACAUGACAUACGUACUUCACGCAAAAUUAUUGGCACUUGACAUUUCGAAAUUGUAUACAAGUAUAUUCGNCUGUUUUUUUUUUUUUUUUUUUUUUUAUAUAUUUUUAAAGCUUUUUAAACCUUCUUGUAGCACCAAUACAUACCAGUAAUUUACGUCCAUCCUAUCUAGAGCACAUGCAAUUACAUUACUUGAACCCAUCUUUGCACCACUGUAGUUACGAACAAAAUAUGUCUGUGCGUUAUUAUCCGUCUUUUUUUUAUAUUUUCACGAUUUUAGAGAAUAAUUUUAUCCGACUUGUUUACAGUUUAUGUCAACACUUGAAAAAAAAAAACAAUUUCUCGUUACUUCUCGACCGUUGUCAUUUCGGUAUAUUGUACAUGACAUACGUACUUCACGCAAAAUUAUUGGCACUUGACAUUUCGAAAUUGUAUACAAGUAUAUUCGUAUAUAAGCGUGUGCAUCCAACAAUGUUAUCGGAUAUUUAAUAUAAACAUCAUCUACAAUUUUUUGUGAAAAUAUAAAUAUAGCAAAUAUAUUGUAUUUUCCAGGGAUGGAAAAAUUCGGUACGACACAAUUUGUCCCUGAACGAGUGUUUCAUAAAACUGCCCAAAGGACUGGGACGUCCGGGCAAAGGCCACUACUGGACGGUGGACCCGGCGUCGGAGCUCAUGUUUGAAGAGAGCUCGUUCAGACGAAGACCUCGAGGAUUCCGGCGCAAGUGCCAGCAGAAGACGACCACCCCGACCGUCGGCGGCGGAGGGUACCAGACAUCGCAGUACCAUCAACAUCUCCAUCAUCAUCAUCACCAUCCCAACCUACAACAGCAACAUCAGCAUCCGAACAGUCAUCAUCAGCAGCAGCAGCAGCAAUCACAACCGCAGUCGCAGUCGCUGCCGUUACCACAGUCGUUGCCUCAGCCACAAUCGCAGACACAGCCGUCGGCCCAACAACAGCAACCGGUAACCCAAUCGCAACCACUUUCACAAUCGUCAGCGCCGUGUUACCUGCACGAACAGUACGAUUAUAAGGACGCCGCGGCCGCGAUGGUCACCGCUGGUUACCAGCAACAGGACUAUGGUAGCAGUGGCAGCGGAGGUGGUAGCAGUGGCGGCGGCGGUUAUUGCGGCAGGACCGACCAGUUGGACCAUUUCUCCGCAAGCUUUUGGCAAAGUCAAAAGCCUGAUAGUUAUAUUGGUGGUGCUGCAGGCGCAGGCUCGGGCGCCGGCUAUCAAGAUCAAUUUGACUACGGUUGCCAGUACAAUUUAACUCACGAUAAUGGUAAGCAUUUUUUUUUUUUUUUUUAAUUUAAUGUCGAUAGAUAUAGAUAGUAAUUUUAAUAAAUAAAAUAACUGAAAACAAUUAUCGUUUUCUUACAAUUAUUAACUGUAUGUCUGUAUGAAUGUGGCGUUUUUUUUACUAUAGUUGUGGUAUCUAAGUUGAAAUUGGAGUUAAAAAAAAAAAAAAAAAAAAAAAAAAAAAGAGCUGAUACUGCUAUUAGGCGCGCCACAGUUGUAGAUAGAAAGUUAAGAAGGUGGAAUGUAUGAACUUAUCUGUAAGCACCUUAAAAGCGUUAUUUUAGAUUUUUUCUGUGGGACUGAAUUAGUAUGUUUGUUUUUUUUUUUUAUUUUAUUGAUUAACUAAGAACAAUUUAAAAAAAUUCAUAACUAAUUACUAAUACAGUUUACGUUUCAUCAACAUAAUAAAUAUUAAUUGCACAUAUGAUCAGUUUCGACCCGGUUUUAAUUAUUUAUUUAAUAAUGUAUUACCUAUGAGUUAGACAUCGUUAGGUUAGGUGUGUCUUCAUCAUCGUUGAAGUAAUAUGUGAUAACUGUCAAUGUUUUACGAGUAAUUUUGUUGUUAUUUAACUUUAUAUUAAGAUGUAAUUUAGAAUUUUUUUUUCUUUAAUAAUAAUUAUUAAAAGUACAAAAAAAUGUAAAAUUUAACAGUUUUGAAAAUAAAUAUUAUAAUGUAGUAUAUAUAUAUAACUAAUAAUACAAUAUAAAUAUCGUAAAUCUCACUAUUCUCACAAGUCUUGUCUGCAGUUAACCCGAAAUUUUCGGAACUUGAUAUAUUUCCAUUUUUUCUCUUUAGCUCUGUAAUACGUUGAUCGUUUCAACAAAAAUUUGCGAUGGAAUUUAUUAUAUCAUGGUACAGUUUUUAUUUUGUUUUUUUCAAAUUUUUGAAUUUUUAAAUAAUCUUUAGUGUAUAUCUAUCUACCUAUUGUAAUGCAUUUUAAAAGUUCUCAGUGUACAAUUAAGUAAUUAUGAAUAACAUAUUAUCUUAAGAUAUUAUGUUUUUAUAAUAUGUGCUUAAUUUAAAAAUUGGUUCUAAAAGAACUUUUAUUUUGAAUCUUUGGCGCGUUCUUCCAUUUGUGUGUCUUUUUAAUCUUCAAACGAAAAUGUAUUUCAUCAUAAAGCGAAGCAGAAUGUUUGGAUUUGUAUAUUUUGAGGAUAAUAACAUGGGUUCGUACAAUUAUACGAACACGAGUACAUCUAUGUUGUAUAGUACAUACGUUAAAACAUUUUAAGUGGUUAUAUAGUGACAAUCAGCUGUAAAUGUGACAAUUUGGGUACAUGACGUGAUUUUGUUUUAAAUAUUUUGCACAUCAAGUGCUUCGGUGACCUCACUUCACAAUCAUAUGUGGAUCGUAAAUUAUAAUAAUAAUAAUAAUUUUUUUUUUUUGACAAUCUAAGCGAUACAUUUUAUGUCAAUGAACUUUACGUUCAUGUUUCUUGUGAAAUUUGAACGUAAAACAAUUUUACGUCGUUAUCAUAUUGACCACAAUGAAACCAUUCAAAUAAAUACAAAAUUAAACUAAUAAAAGAAACUUAAAAAUUUGAUAAGGAAUUUUCAUUCAAAUAUUUAAAAUAAUAUACUGAAGUUACUUGCAAAUUUGAACCUAUAUUAAUUCUAAGUAUAACAAAGGAGUUGUGUUCAUUUUACAAAAAUGUAGUAUACUUUGUUUACUCGAAAAACAUAUUUUCGGUUAGUAAAGAUGCUUCAAUUUUUCCAUGUUAUACCUUAAAAUGUACGGAUUUGAUGCUUGAUUGUAUUUUCUUUGAAAAACGUUUUGCAACUUCCAAUACUUUUGUCAAACAAAGUUUUUUUAUACGCUUUAAUUUUUUCAUGUGGCACUUCAAAAGAUAUGGAAUUUGUGCCCAAAGUACUUCAUUCGAAAUAUUUAUAGAAAUUUUCAGCAGUUUACCUUCUAUGUUCUUUUUUUUUUUUUUUGUUGGUCUCUAAGUUACCUUUUGAAAUGAAAUACUUCAUAGUUGCAUUCAGUAUAAAAAAUAAAUAAAUAAAUUAUCCUGUGUAUUAGUGGUGGUCAAACGGUCGAUCGAAAUCGACCGGUAGAUCGCAGAUGAUUUAAAUUGAUCCGUUUCAAUAGAUAGCGGUCGAUUGAUCGCACGACAAUUGAUAAUAUACGGCAGUUGAUAGUAAACGAUAAUUAAUGGUGUCAUGAGGUUUUUUUAAUUUCGAUUUUUUACAAAUAAACGUUAACACAUUUAUCAAUAAUUAAAAUAAUAAUAAUAGGUUCUCACAAAUAGACUAUGUCAAUAAUAAUAAUAAUAAUAAUACUAUUUUUUCAGAAAUAAACUUUAACAAAGUUUUUAAUGAUUAAAAAUAUAAUAGUACUUAUAAUAAAAAAACCAAAUUUGCAGUUGAAAAUUAUGCGCAACCUCUCGUAAAUAAUCUUUUUUAUUUCUAUUAUUAUAAUCACUGCAUAUAUUUUGAAUUUUUUUUGCUCGAUCAUUAUACUUAUUUUUAUGGUGGUUGAUUUCCUGCGAUCAAUUGUUCAACUUUCAACCGAUUGACACGUUCUUAUUUUUGUAGUGCAGUAAUAAAUUUCCAUGUAGAUGGAUGAAUCAAUCAAUUUAACGUUGACGAAAAGCAGUUAUGCUAUCCCUCCAAUGAAUUGUUUGUUUGAGGCAAAUCUGCUUCCACAAGAAAAAAACAGUUUCAAAUUGAAAAUUACCAAAAAUAAGAUUUUAAUAAAAUGAAAAUGUUGUCGAAAACGCCGUACACUGUCAUUUGUCGUAUAAUAUCAAUUAUCGCGCGAUCUAUUGUCAUCAAUCUAUUGUCGCGCUAUCAAUUGACCCUUAUUUAUUGACGAUAUACCGAUUCAAAUGUCGGUCUCCAUUUUGUUAAAAUGUAUUUUUAUGUGAUUAUGCAAAUAAAUAACGAUUUCUGAUCAUUUUUAUCUCGAUAUAUUAUCAUUAUUUUGUUAUAAAUUUAUCAAGUUAUACAAUUUCACAGAGUUUAUCCUGGCAAUUGUAUUUACAAUAAUUACAUUAUAUUAUUCUUAAUAAUAAUGUGACGAAAAACAUUAUAUAAUUAUACAUUUAAAUUUUAUAAUUUUGUGUGUGCAUGUGUUUGUAUAUUAUUAAUACCUAUUAGGUAAUUUAUAAUUAUACAUUUUUGUUAGAAAGUUGAUCCUCAAAGGAAAAAUAUAUUCUUAGUAGUUUCUCUACUAUUAGUUCUCUAAGUUUGGGCACUUUUGCUGUAUACGAGUUAUACUAGUUAUCCUACUUUCCCAACUAUCGAUGUGACUAAUCAGCGAGUAGUAUCAAAUUUUUAUUUUUCUAAAUAAUAUAAAAAUAGAAAAUUAUGGGUCAGGUCCAAAGUACUAUUAAAGAUUUAGUUAAAAAAUUAUUUCUUGGCUAACGAUUUACAUAGAAAAAAUGAUAAUCGAAAUCGUUAUUUCUAUGUCAAGUAACAAGUAUAAUAUAAUAUAUUAUUACAUAAUAGUAUUAAAUUUUGUUUUGUUUUUCCUAAUUUGCAUUUUCAAAAAAAAAUUUUAAAUAUUGUAAACAACUGUUUUUCCCGGUUUCUCGAAAUUAUACAUAUGUUAAUUUUAAAAUAUUAUGUAUUUAUAUAAUAUUAAUUUUACAUUAAUGUAAUAUUGUCGGUAUACAAAUAUUAAAAUGAAUUAAUUUAUUUGUAUUAAUUAUUGUUAUGCUAAAAGCUUUAAUAUAAUUAUUUAGUUUCUCUUUCCCUUCCCUAAAUAGAUUUAAUUUUAAAAUUGUUUUAAUAGAAAACCGGCAGGUAUUUAUAUUACUGUAUACCUGUACUAACAUAGAUUAUGAACUAGAAGAAAUACGUAAUAUCUGCAACAAAAUGUUGCAUAAUUUAAAAAUAUAUAUGAAUAGUAAGUAAAUUCAUAUUAUAUUAACUCACAACGAAAUAUGAAUUUUCAAAACUUCCGUUUGUUUCUUAUAUUAUGGGCGAAGCAAGGAAUUAGGUAUUAGUUUUAGUAUAAUGUGUUUUUUCUAUAAAUAACUUUUCUACCAAGAUUCUUGAUUUGACCAUCAACUUUAUGGGUGGUUGAAAAGCUAGUACUUUUUGAAGGUCAUUUUUUGAUUUUUCUCCACGUAUUUCAAUAAUCGGGAAAGACCCACAGGUAAAAACAUCGGAAAAACGGGAAAGUUUACAUUUAGGUAAUCGGUUUCUGUUAUUCUCGAUUUUGUUUCGUUUUGUUUUUUUUUAUGGUUGGAUUCAGUUUAAAAUAAUCGUAUAGACAAUAGACCUGACAUGUCAUUGAAUACAUCAAUACUUUCUAGAAGUAGUACAAUUUUCAAAAUAUUCUGGCGAUUUAUGAGCUAUUUAUAGUCAUUUGAAAUGUUUUAGUUGUUUUAGUUUUUACAUGAUUUUACGCGAAUGCAAUUAUAUUGGUUGCGCAAAAGCAUCAGUUCUUUUUUGUUUCGAUAUUUAUUGGGCACCAAUCUAGAUACCCGAUUAUAUAAUAUAUGUAUUAUGGGACAUGUAGGUGAUACUAUAAACGAUAGUAAUAGUAUACAGAAUUUACAGUUUUUUUUUUUAACGAUUUGAGAAAAAAAAUGUCUGAUGUCUAAUGCAUAAAAGUACCUAAUAGCUAUAAUUGUGCAAUAUUUAAAUUAAAUAUUAUUUAAAUAUACGUCAUAUUAUACGAAAAAAAUGAAUCAAUUAUUAUUAGGUACUCUACGUGCGCACAUAAUAUUAUUAUCCUAUAGAGAUCCAACUUGAUUAUUAUACCCAGCUGUUAACACACUUAUCACCAUCGAAUUGUAGUCACCGAGGCUGGUCAAUGUUCGCAUAAUAUACUUGUGGUAUCACGGUUAUAAUAUAUUAUAGAGUAUACAGAUAUAAGAGCGUGUUUGUCGAAUUGUUAUUGAACUCAAGUGGCCACGGUCCACUGAUACUCUGAAUUUUUUUUUUAUUGUUAUUGCUACGCAGAAAACCGUAAGUUCCACUAGUACCAGGAUAAUAUUAAAGUAUACUAUAUACAUAUUCGAGUAUAUGAACAGUGUUGAGCUAUGUCUGUAUAUGAAUCAUUUUUCUAGAUAGAUAUAUUUUUAUUUUUUAUCUUGUAUAGAUAAAUGAGAAUUAAGUUAUCUGAGUCGCUGUUUGAAAUAUUUUCUAUCUGUACGCCGUCCAUUUAGUUAUUAAGAAAACAACUAGAAAAAUCCGAAAAUUGAUCUACACAGACCAGCUAAAACACAAAUAAUUGAAAUUCCCUAUCAGAAUAACAUGUUUUACACUUAUAAAUAGGAGUAUAAUUUCUAGUAGAAAAAUUGUUCGCACAUAUAAUCUCUUAGAAUCUAAAAAAAAUUACUUUCAAUGUGAAAAAAAAAAAUCAUUGACAAGGUUUAUCUAUACAUUUAUUAAUGAUUUUAAAUGUUUUAAUGUUUCAAAAACUAUUUGAAAUUGUUCAGAAAUAAUAAAAAUGGAUUUCCAGGAAUUUUUACUUCCAUUUAAAUGUCUCAAUUUGUUCGGUUGUUUUUUGAAAAUAUUGAACCCUAAGUACUUUACAUAUAAGUACGUGCAUUUUUUGACUAGAAAACUUGCUCCGUUCAUCAACAUCAGGGAAAGACCAUUUUUGAUUUUUGAUAACAGUAUAGAUAAAUGAUAUAUUAAAUAUUAGAUUCUGAGUAGAACAAUAAUAAGUUGAUUGAAAUUUCUUAUUGUUUUCAAAGAUGUGGUUUUUUUUUGGUAAAAUACUUUUUUGUUGAUAAAAAUGCUCCUAUAUUUUUACGCAUGCAGUACCCUAAAAGAUGACAAAUUCCGGCUCGUGUUAUUUUAUAGAUUAUUUCGACAGUUCACUGUAAGGGUUUUUUUUUUUAGAUUCCUAGUGGAUCAAAGAACCUUUUGUUUUUACAAAGAUGUUUAUUUAUUUAUUUUUUUCAUCUGUGCGCAAUUUUUCUACCAGAAAUCUUUCUCUAAUUUUUAAAUGUAGUACCUUUUCUGUAAGGAAAUCGAUGUGGGGAGGUACUUUAAAGAAGUCAUUUUUUUAUUUUUUCACUAGUUUUAUCAAUAAAUGGAAAAUCUGGGAAAAUCCAUGGGAAAACCGUAGAAAAAACGGGAAAGUAGGUACAAUAUUAAAUACAUAUUUGUAAAUUAAAUAUAUAUUUGCUUAUGCAUUUAUUUUAUCAUGAUAUGACAUAUAUAUUGUUGACAAAGUAACUACACUAUCAACUGAACUCCGCUCAGAAUUGUUUUUUCAUUAUAAAUGGUUAAUUAUUGCUAACACGUAAACAUCAAAUUACGUAUAGCAGUGGCUAUACCCGUCUCUCUUAUCCUAGGACGGCUUUUUUACUUUUGUUGAUUUAUGGGUUACCUUGGCAACACGACUAAUAUUUUGCUCAGAAUCUGUUUUCGUUUGCAAUAAUUUAUCAUUACACACAGUAUUAUACACGUAAUAUACUAUACAUUUUGAAACAUACAUCUACAACAGUGGCCUACCCAUGGUGUGGAGUACGUGCAGCUUUUGUUUUUAUUUUACACUGUCCGCGAAAUGUUUUCUCACGUACCAUAUGUGUGCAUCGUUGGUGGUAAACGAAUUUUCCUUUUUAUUCCCCCCCAUUAUCUCGAUAAAUAUACUUUUUUUUUCGUAUUAUUUAUGUUUUUGUGAUACGAUUUUGUUGAUAUACGUCACCGGGACUAAUUUACGAUAUUUGAAAAGUAAAACAAACACGAAUCCUUGUGAUGUCAAUAUUAUAUUAUAUUAUCUUCGUUUGUAUGACGAGGCUUUUUUUUCCGUUCCAUUCAAUUUGACGUUAACAAACCGCGAACGCGUCCGCGACGGCGUAUCAUUUAAAUGUGUAGUGUAGUGUGUUUCGUCGUGUUCAUAAAAUAAAAAAAAAAAAUAAUAAUAAUAAAAAAAUACAAUAAUAAAUAUAAUAUAGUUCGUAAUCCGUGGAGGACUAAUUUCAUAUCACAUGUUGGCAAUAAAAACAUUAUGAUAAUAAUAAAAUAUAUAAUGUAUAUAAACAUUAAACAUAUACUUACUAGUGUACAUAUAUUUUGACUAACAAAGAGCAGUCCUGUAGAAAAUUAAAAAAAAAAAUAACCAACCCCGUUGACUUUUUACGAGAUUUAUGUACGUACAAUACCUAUGUGGGUCAAUGGUUUUUUUUUUAUCGAUACGAUAUUUUUUUAUUCUGACCUAUAUAUUAUACGCGCGUUAUUAUAAUAUCCCUUCGGCACCCUCAGGGUGAGGACAAUGUUUUUGUGUAAGCAAUAUCGAAUAUAAUUAUACACGGUUCGGUGAGUGUGACGAGAACGUGAGUGAGUAAAAAAAAAAAAAAAAAUCGGGGGGCGGGGGAAGAAAUCCGGACGUACUUCGCACCAUGUGUAUAAUAUGUUGUAUACAGUAAUUUAAAUUAUAUCUAUCUCUCUCUCUCUAUAUAUAUAAAUCAUUGCACUCAAAAAACGAUUCGGAGUGGACGUAUUACGGUCGUGUUUUGUCCCCCUUGUAGUUUUAAACAUAAAGGUGUAACCCAGACAUCAAUAUAAAUAAAACCGAUGGCAUCGUGAUAUUUAUUGUCAGUUAAAUAAUUUUUAUCUUUGAAAAUACGACGUAAAUAAUAAUUUGGAGCGUUUUUACUAUAAAUAAAAAACCGUUUUCUGAGAAAAAACCGUAGUGACCUGCAAUAAGUGGGCGAACUGUUGUAAAUGUCAAUAAAUGUUUCAAUACUUGAAAAAUGCCGCACAUUUCUAGGAACCGAGCGAAAAAAUUGAUGCAUUUCAUUGGAUAAUAGUAAUUAAAUAUAAAAGUCAGUAAUUUUUUUCAGAACGAUUUCCCAAAGAAAAUGGGUAGAUACUAUCAGAUAAAAAAUCUGUAUCUUUUAAUGUAUUUGCGUGGUACGAUCAGAAAAAUUAACAGAAAUAAAACCGAUGUAUCGGCAUUCGUUGUCAGUUAUUUAACCAGAGAAAAUCCGCUGGAAGUUUCGAAAUGAUUUUAAAUUAAAAAACCACGCCUGGCGAAAAAUCGACGACCGAAAGAUUUUUUUUCGAGAAAAAACAACCGCAUCUAAAACCAUGAUAGCUACCAGGCUUUUUUGCAAGGAUGACUUCCAAUUGCACAAGAAUAAUUUAUUCUACAGUUCCUUACGGGGAAAAUUACCCUACAACCCCCCACAAUGUAUAAUUUAUUUUUAACUAAAAAAAAAAAAUUGUAGGUACAUAUACGAAAAUUAAUUCAAUUAGUAUUUAAUUUUUAUUCAGAAAACCAUGGCUUUCUGAGAUAUCUCGCCACGAAUAUAUCUUCGCGGGACACCCUGCAUAAAUAACCUUUUUUUUAUUUUAAUACCCCCAGAGUCUUUUUCUAUUUUUGGCGUCAACUCGGUUUUUUUUCACGCAUUGCCGUUGUGAAUUAGAUACACAUAUUUUACAUAAUUCUCAGACGCAAAUAUUACUAUGGCGUUUUAUGUUUCCCACUGUAUGAUUAGUUGCCCGCCGCACCUUACAGAAAAUCCCGAUAGUCACGCUAGGAAUCUCAACUAAUACAAUAAUAUUCCGAACGCGUGAUAAUGGCCGGGGUGCAAGACGACGGCGACGGACGACGAGACGUGUUUUUAUGCACUGCGUGUUUUACGUACACAGACAGACAGCUAUAAUAGCCUCGUCGUACGUGAAAUUUGGAUGGUAUUUUAAAUUAUUUUCGUAUGUGCGAGGUCAAGAUAGAGCGUAUUAGGUAUAAUGUGUAGACACAUAUAUGUACGUAUGCAUAUAGGUAUUCAUCGCCGAUCGCGUAGGUCCCUGUUGGAAACGCACGUGGCCUUGUCAAAAAAAAAAUUUAAAAAAAACACAACACCGAAACCACUUGUUCCAAUCGUGUCGUAUGUACCGUAAUACGUGAAAUACGAUGACAUAAUAUUUUUGCCCUUUUUUUCUUAGGUUUUUUUUUUUUUUUUUAUCGCUCCGUCGAUUUCACCGCACUACGACAGUGUGUGUAGUACGUUUUGGCCAAAAGUCAGACAAGGUACAAGUGGGUGUGAAUAAUGUAUAUAUGCGCGUCUGUUCGCAGACGCCAGCUAUUUAAUAUAAAUUACGGUGUGUAUUAUAUACUUAUGUAUAGUACCGAUUUACUUUGGUGGCCGGCGGACGACGGACGCGUUUCGGCCGGUCGAUUUUUGAAAUUAAAUGUUAAACGUCGAACGUUCGAAUCGUAUGUAUUGCGUGCGUGCGCGUGCGACUUUACAUAAAAAAAUUACAUUCUUCAAGUGCCCGGUAUUAAACUAAUAAGACUAUAAAUACCUGUAUAUUUCACGCGUAUAUUUAUAAACGACAGUCUGAGGGGGGAUAGGAGGGCUACAUACUCUUGGCGAGACCUUUUUCCCCGAAAUAAAAAUAAGUUUUUUUUUUAAAUUUGUUCAUUUAUCAUUUCGUGUAUAUUUUUCAAUAUCGACGGCGGUCGGCAUUUAUCAUUGUAAUAUUAGUACAUAAUAUAGUUUCACAUACGUCGAGGUUCUUGUAGUUUUUUUUUUUUUUAAAAAAAAGUAAAUUUCUCACAAUGUCGGUGAAUAUUUCAAAUAGAGUACCAUCGGACGAAUAUCCGCAUCUCUUAAGGUACCUAUGACAUGAAAAAAAUCUGAGCCAGUUUGACUAUCCAAAAAAGUGUUUUCUGUUGGGAAAAAUACGUAGGUUUUUAGAAAACUACUAGCUUCACUACUCUCAGAAUCUAAAAAUAAAAAUAAGAGACGAAACAUUGUGGCGCCUUCUUCUUGCAGCUCGGGGCUACAGUACCCCCAUGGCCUUCCUUUAUCAACCUUUAUUCGAAACCACUGCUUGGCUAGAUAGACCAUUUCCGUUUUUUCAUAAAUUAUGCGUAUCUUUUAUUUUAACACUUUUCAUAAUAGACAGAGAAUGUGAUUAAAAAUCUACCGACUUCAAAAAAUGUUUUUACUUGUUUUUUUUAUCCUUUGAUUACAUUAGUAAUGAACUUCAUAAUAAUAAUAUAAGGACAAUCGUGUAAUAAAAUACCAAAAAAACCCAAGAAAUUAAUAGUUUUGUCAAAUUUAAAAUUAAAGUAUUAUACAUUUCCCAUUCAGUAGUUUUUACUUCCAAAUUUGGAAUGGUGUAUUUUCUUGAGCUCAGUCCUAUCAAAAACAGAAAUCAAUACAAGAAAUUCAAUUUAACGUGCCUCUCCGUUUCCACCCUUAUGACAGUUAAUCGUUUUCGUCCGGCAAUUUAUCAUUUAAAGGGUACCCCCUUGUUUGUGACAACCGGAUUAUAUAACAAUAACCAUAUUUUUUCAUCCGUGUUGUCAAGGUUACUUAUUAAUAAAAAAAAAUAUCAAUAUAUUUUCGUUUCUGAAAUACGAAAAUCCCGUGCCAGCCACCUAAACUAACCAAAUUAACCCUAUUAACCUAACCCUAUUAGAAUCUUUAAAACGGUAAUUUUUUGAAGACCUACAGUUUUGCAAAUUCAUUUACGUAUAAAUGAAUUGUAACAUUCGUCCAGAGUCUCAUGAUUUAAUAUUAAAUUGUUUAUUUUGCAUUUUUUAGUCGAAUUUUAUAAUAAUUAUAAUUAUUAUCGAGGAGAUAAAUAGAAUAAUUGUGUGCAUAAUUCUAUAUGUACUGGACACAUUUUUGAGUUAUUAAUAAUAAUAAUAUUGAUAUUGAUAUACAUAGUGAUUUUUUUUAUCAUGAACCAGUAAUUAUCUCGUAGGAUUUUAAGUGAAUUUGAUUUCUGUUUUGUUUUUUUAACUGUUUUUUUUUUACUGUGGAAUUAUUAGGCUUUAUUUUUUUCUUUUUAUAAACAUAAAAUGUAUAACUCUUUCCUACUGUUCCGGUUUAAAUUUUAAACGGUUUUAACUCAUAAACGGUAAAUCUGAUAUUAGUGUUAUGCAUACCGAAAUUCAUAUGAAAAAUAAUAUCCUCUAUUCAAAUUUGUUUCCGAAAAGGGGGUUCCUAUUUAAAAAAAAAAAGUACUUAUAAACUUAUUCAAGGUAGUUAGGUAUAUGGAAUAUGAGUAAAAAUUAAAAAUAUUUUAAAAUAAAAUUUAAACGAUUCCACAAUGAUUAAAAAAAAAAAAAAAAAACAUCGAGAUAAUAUCGAAUACUGCAGUUUCAUAAGCACAUCAUUAACAUUAAUACAUUCUACUGCCCUCCUCUUGCCUUCUUCGGUUAUAAUAUUCUGCAUUUUUUUCAAUCCGUUUCUAAUUUUUAUUUUCAGAUUAUAACAGCGCCAUAAGAAGAUCGGCGGCGGUCACCGGACAAAUACAACAGCCAGUUAUGAACAACACUAUGAAUGCCGGCAGCGGCGUACUGCCGCAACACUUGGGUCUCCAUCAUUACUACGACUGUCCUAAGUUUUGUUAACGAAAAAAAACAACAUUGCGAUAUUCGCAUGUCAGAUUUUCACAUUUCAUACAAUAUUAGCAAAACCGAAUUAAAGUCGUUGAAAACUCGGUGAAACCCGUAAAAUUACCGUAUAGGUACAAUAUUAUCAGAUUUCGGUUAUUUGUAAAACACUUUAUACAAAUAUUUUGUACACAAUUUACGAGUCGAACUUUUUGUAAAAAACUUAUGGAUAAAAUUUUAAAUCCAAACAAAAGUUUACAUCGCAGAAAUAUUCAUAAAACAUAUUAGGUUAUCGCAUACGCUUUUAUUCGAAAAUUAUGGUUUUCGCUUUCAAUAAAAUAUUCUACCGUAUAACUUAUUGUUAUCGCGAUAAAACAAAAUAAAAAAUAAAUAUAAAACCCAUAACCUAAAAAAUGCACAUAAAAAAUAUUGCACACUAUAUAAUAACUGGCUAAAAUAUAAUCCGAGAACAGUGUGAAAUAAAACGAUUUAGUGAAAAAAAUUACUCGCCCUCCUCAGAAAAACUUUUUAAACAACAAUAAUAAUUACGAUUCGGGAAAAGUUCAACGUUCGGUUACGUAGAAAGUUUUCGUUUUCAUUGUUAUUUGAGUUUAAGUAAAUGUCGACGAAAUAUACAGCCAAAGCGUGCGUGUAUACCAUCCCCUCCCCUCCCCUCCCCUCACCAUAAAAAAUAACGCGUAACGCGAAAAUGAAUUUAUGACCUCCCGGGACGUAUGCAAAAAGAAAAAAAAAAACGCGGUAUAGCGGUUACGUCUAAGAAGCGUAAUUUUUUUCGUUUUAUUUUUUAAUUCAAUUAGGUACGUACAUUAAUUAUAUAAUUUACUCAUUAACAUUAUUUAAGCAUGUAAUAUAUUAGUAUUAUUUAUAUUUGCCAAACUGUUGUACAUAAUAUUGUAAUACUGUUGAAACGCGAAAGUUUGACAUUUCGUGUUGGAAAAAAAAAAAAAAAGGCUGAAAAUAAAAUAAUAAAAUGAUUUAUGACAAUAAGUAAUAUUAUAUGAUAUGUAUACUAAUAUAAUUUUACAAUAUGAUGAUACAUAAUGGUUGUAUAUAUAGAUAUUUUAUUUUUUUAGGAUUUAUAUUUUAUGUAAACUACUAUGUAACCUGUAC